AUGUUGGAAGUUGGGCUGAAAACUAAAAAUCUGGCCCAACUGUAUGAAUUAGAGUUUGGGCCAGAUUAUUUAACAAAACAUGCGGCCCCAUUAUAUAUUAUAAGAAUUUGUACACCAUCUCUUAUCAGUGGAGCAUCAUUUAUUCGUCAAGAAAACAGCAAUCGUUUGGGCAGUGUUUCAUAUCAAUAUAGAAGUGUAUUGCAUACUACUCAAAAUGUACCAUUGUUAGACAUCACCAAUGAAAAUUUAGGACUGUCACCCUUCAUUGAUCUUAACAAUGAUGAUGUUAAAGACGUUUUGCUUCUUAUAUAUUCAAGCAACCACAAGUACCACUUACGACUGUUAAAAGAAAACGUGAUCGACCUAAAAAAUUUUAGGAAAUACGUUCGCACAAACUGGUAUGUUGUUAUUUCAAUAUUAGAUUUAUCACUUAGUGCAAUAUUCGAUCAUCGUGCGGACGAUCAAGUACCAGUUACGACUCUUAAAAGAAAACGUGGUCGACCUAAAAAAAUUCUAGGAAGUAUGUCCACGUCAACUGAACUUGAAAAAAUAACCGUCACCCCAACUCCAUACAUGAAUAUAUCGAGUGACUUAUUGGAUCACACUGUUGACGGUCAACUACCAUUUACGGAACUUAAAAGAAAGUGUGGUCGACCUAAAAAGGUUCUAGGAAGUACGUCCACACAAACCGACCUUGAAAAAAUAACCGUCAAUCCAACGCCAUACCCAACUAUAUCGAGUGAGAUAUUGGAUCACACGGCUGACGAUCAAGUACCACUUACGUCUCUUAAAAGAAAACGUGGACGACCAAAAAAAAAAAUAAUUGGAAGCACGUCCACACAAAAUGAUACGUUUAUGAAUAUUAUUAUUUUAUUUGUGAAUUAUAUAAUUAUAUUUAGUGGUGUUGAUUUUCGUGAUCAAGUGCCACCUACCAAUCAAAAGAAAAAACAUGGUCGACCUAAAAAAGUGUUGGCGAGCACUUCUGCACAAUCCGAGUACUGGGACAUGGGUGAUGCCAACGUCGAAUGCAUGUACUGCGGAGUAAUGUUU